UCGGUCGCCUUCCCUCUUUCCCACGCCGCACGUGUUCCCAAACAGCAGCGGGUUUGGCUUUUCUCUCCCUUCUGCCGUGCCUGGGCAGGGAAAAACGCCCGGAAAGCCUGCGCAGAGCUGGCUGGAGGAAGAGGAAGAGGAAGAGGAGUUGCGUUGCUCGCCGAUAGCCGGGCUCUGGCCCUCCGGAAGAAGCGCGGGCAGGAGCCGGUGCAGGGCAGAACCCGGCAGCGGGACGCGGAGACGGGACCCGGCCCGGGAGUGUCCCCCCGUGGUGUCCCCCCGCGGUGUCCCCCCGCGGUGUCCCCCCGCGGUGUCCCCGCAGCGAUGUCGCGGCCGCUGUCGGACCAGGAGCGGCGGAAGCAGAUCAGCAUCCGCGGCAUCGUGGGCGCCGAGAACGUGGCCGAGCUGAAGAGGGGCUUCAACCGGCACCUCCACUUCACCCUGGUCAAGGACCGCAACGUCGCCACCCCCCGCGACUACUUCUUCGCCCUGGCGCACACGGUGCGCGACCACCUGGUGGGGCGCUGGAUCCGCACCCAGCAGCACUACUACGAGCGGGACCCCAAGAGGAUUUAUUACCUCUCCCUGGAGUUCUACAUGGGGCGCACGCUGCAGAACACCAUGAUCAACCUGGGGCUGCAGAACGCCUGCGACGAGGCCGUCUACCAGCUGGGGCUGGACAUAGAAGAGCUGGAGGAGAUUGAGGAGGAUGCCGGUCUCGGCAACGGCGGCCUCGGCCGGCUUGCAGCCUGCUUCCUCGACUCGAUGGCGACGCUGGGGCUGGCAGCCUACGGCUACGGCAUCCGCUACGAGUACGGCAUCUUCAACCAGAAGAUCCGGGACGGCUGGCAGGUGGAGGAGGCCGACGACUGGCUGCGGCACGGCAACCCCUGGGAGAAGGCCCGGCCUGAGUACAUGCUGCCCGUGCACUUCUACGGCCGCGUGGAGCACUCCGGCACUGGCGCUAAGUGGGUUGACACCCAGGUGGUGCUGGCGCUGCCCUACGACACCCCGGUGCCCGGGUACAUGAACAACACCGUCAACACCAUGCGGCUGUGGUCGGCUCGGGCGCCCAACGACUUCAACCUGCGGGACUUCAACGUCGGGGACUACAUCCAGGCAGUGCUGGACAGAAACCUGGCUGAGAACAUCUCCCGCGUCCUCUACCCCAAUGACAACUUCUUCGAGGGCAAGGAGCUGCGGCUGAAGCAGGAGUACUUUGUCGUGGCCGCCACCCUCCAGGACAUCAUACGCCGCUUCAAAGCCUCCAAAUUCGGGAGCACAGACAGCGUCCGAACCGUGUUUGAAACCUUCCCCGACCAGGUCGCCAUCCAGCUGAACGACACGCACCCUGCCAUGGCCAUCCCCGAGCUGAUGAGGAUUUUUGUGGACAUCGAGAAGCUGCCCUGGAGCAAGGCCUGGGACAUCACCAAGCGGACGUUCGCCUACACGAACCACACGGUGCUCCCCGAGGCCCUGGAGCGUUGGCCGGUGGACCUGGUGGAGAAGCUGCUCCCGAGACACCUGCAGAUCAUCUACGAGAUCAACCAGAGGCACCUGGACCACAUCGCUUCCCUCUUCCCCACCGACAUGGACCGGCUGCGGCGGAUGUCCCUGAUAGAGGAGGGAGGCACCAAGAGGAUCAACAUGGCUCAUCUCUGCAUCGUCGGCUCCCACGCCGUCAACGGCGUGGCCAAGAUCCACUCCGAGAUAGUCAGGACUGAAGUCUUCAAGGACUUUGCGGAGCUGGAGCCCGAGAAGUUCCAGAACAAGACCAACGGCAUCACCCCGCGGCGCUGGCUCCUGCUCUGCAACCCGGGGCUGGCAGAGCUCAUCGCGGAGAAAAUCGGGGAGGACUACGUGCGGGACCUGAGCCAGCUGGCGAAGCUGCACGAGUUUGUGGACGACGACCUCUUCAUCCGCGAGGUUGCCAAAGUGAAGCAGGAGAACAAGGUGAAGUUCGCGCUGUACCUGGAGAAGGAGUACAAGGUGAAGAUCAACCCGUCGUCCAUGUUCGACGUGCACGUGAAGAGGAUCCACGAGUACAAGCGGCAGCUGAUGAACUGCCUGCACAUCAUCACCAUGUACAACCGCAUCAAGAGGGAUCCUGUGAAGCUGUUUGUUCCUAGGACGGUGAUCAUAGGAGGCAAGGCUGCCCCGGGCUACCACAUGGCUAAGAUGAUCAUCAAGCUCAUUAACGCCGUGGCUCAGGUGGUGAACAACGACCCCGUUGUGGGGAGCAAGCUGAAGGUCAUCUUCCUGGAGAACUACAGGGUCUCCCUGGCGGAGAAAGUGAUCCCUGCGACCGACCUGUCGGAGCAGAUCUCCACGGCGGGCACCGAGGCGUCGGGCACCGGGAACAUGAAAUUCAUGCUGAACGGCGCUCUGACCAUCGGCACCAUGGAUGGAGCCAACGUGGAAAUGGCCGAGGAGGCCGGCGAGGAAAACCUGUUCAUCUUCGGCAUGAGGGUGGAGGACGUCGCGGAGCUGGACAAGGAAGGGUACGACGCCCAGCAGUACUACGACCGGCUCCCCGAGCUGAAGCAAGCUGUUGACCAGAUCAAGAGCGGCUUCUUCUCCUCAAACGAGCCCGACCUCUUCAAAGACGUGGUCAACAUGCUCUUCCACCACGACCGGUUCAAAGUCUUUGCGGAUUACAAGGCUUAUGUCAAGUGCCAGGAGAAAGUCAGCGAGCUGUACCUGAACUCCAAGGCGUGGACCAAGAUGGUGAUCAGGAACAUCGCGGCGGCGGGCAAGUUCUCCAGCGACCGCACCAUCAAGGAGUACGCCCGGGACAUCUGGCAGGUGGAGCCGUCCGACCUGAAGAUCCCCCCGCCCAACGAGCCGCGGGAGGUGGCCGAGGACAGGACCCCCAAUGGGACGGCAGCGCGGGCAUAGCGGGGGGGGGGGGGGGCGAAGGAUGCUGCAGCCUGCGCUGUGACGCAGCCGCCCCGCUGCUGCUGCUGCUGCUGGAGGGGGAGUUUUAUAGCGAAAAGCCAAACUGUUCUGACCUGUUGCUUGCGGUAGGUACUAAAAAUAAAAGUGCCAAGCAGAGCCGGAGGGGUGUUUACUGGAACCUGAGACGAGGGACUGGGCCUGCUUACAGCAAAGCUAAAGCCAAAAGCGGGUGUGCAGGGGCUGUGCGUGGCACGGGGUGGGGGGCACAGCUGGGCCCUCGCGAUGCCAAAGCAGGGUUUGGGUUUUGGGAUGCAGCUCUUGCUGGUCGCAAGGCAUCAGCUCCAGGGAGGUGAGGAGGCAAAGAGUGUUUGCAAUGCACUCCCUGCACCCUCACCGUCCUGCAGCAACCCGCACCCUGCCCUGUGCAGCGCCCCCGGUCCCCGCUUGCUCUGUCCUGUCCCUGUAGCAGCUAUGUCAUGGCACUGUCUCCAUCCCCAGCAGCAAUAUCUCCAUCCCCCGAGCAACCUGCAGCAUCCUCAAGUCAGCGGGAGCACUAGAAAGUUUCUCAGUAGAGUUUAUUACGUACAGAAGUACGGUCAGUGCUGUGACGGGUUCCUGGUGCGGGGCGUGGGGGGAGUGCUCACGGGUGCUGUACGCAGCGGCUGGCGUCACUUCAUGUUCAAGAAGUCUCUGCAACGAGACGCAAUAAACCUCGCACUGUGUCACUGAC